AUGAGUGUAUCAUUGACUGUGAUGACCUUCAAUCUCUAUGAUGAUGAGCCACAUGAUAGUCCUAAUUCGUGGGAGAAGAGAAGGGAUUUGUGCAUAAGCGUUAUUACCAGUUACUCACCCAUCAUCCUUUGUACCCAACAAGGAGUGAAAACACAAUUGGAUUUUCUCCAGCAAGGUUUGCCAGGUUAUGAUCAGUUUGGGAUAUCACGGAAAGGGCCCCAAGACUCCACUGACGAGCAUUGCACCAUCUUCUAUGAUAAGGAAAAGGUGGAGCUUCUAGAAGGUGGAACGUUUUGGUUGUCUGAGUCUCCCUCCGUGCCUGGAAGCAUUUCGUGGGGUUCUGAAGUUCCUUGCAUUGCAACAUGGGCUAUAUCCUUAUGA